AAAACAGCAGCAACACAAAAACCAACAACAGCUUCAACUCAGAAACCAACAACAGCUUCAACUCAGAAACCAACAACAGCCUCAACUCAGAAACCAACAACAGCUUCAACUCAGAAACCAACAACAGCUUCAACUCAGAAACCAUCAACGGCAUCAACUCAGAAACCAUCAACAGCAUCAACUCAGAAACCAACAACAGCUUCAACUCAGAAACCAACAACAGCAUCAACUCAGAAACCAACUACAGAAUCAAUUAAGAAAACAUCCCAUACAACAAAAACACAGAUAAUCAAAUCUCAGAAACCAACAACCCCAUCAACAAAUAAACCAACAUCAUCAACACCAAAAUCAACAACUGCUACAACUCAGAAACCAGAAAAAGCAUCAACACAGAAAUCAUCCGAUAUAACUAAGAAACAACAAAGAACAACAUUUCCAACAACCACCAUUAAAAAGAUAUAUUCAACAUCUGUGAAAAUCGAGAAAGUGACGAAUUCUCCCACGACAAGGAAAGUGAAGCCGAUAGUAAAUAAAAACAAAUUCGCUGAUUAUCCAAAUUCUUCAGGGUUAUCAGGAAUUAAUAAUAAGGUUCAUAGUUCUUGUCAGAAACGAUAUGAUUUUCUUAAUUUUAUUUUCUAUCAGUUUAUUUUACUUUUUCUAUAUUUUCUUAUAUAGAUACAUUUAUCGUGAUUGUUUUAAAAUCAUUAUACUAAGGAGUAUCUUACAUGUACACCUCCAUUUGAACUUUUUCAAUAAAAAUGCAAACAGAACAAUAAUAUAGAAAUUGAAGUAGUUUGCGUGAGUUGCUGCCAUU